GUACGCCCGACCAUCCUUCCCCGCCCCUGCAGGACCCCUUGCUGGAGACGUCAGCUCGCGAGGGCGCCCUUGCUUUCCUGGAGCUUCUGGCGCUGUUGGCGGCUGCUCCCGAUGACGGUCAGGAGGGCGGCGGCCAAGCUGCCGCGACAUCCCCCUUCUUCAUCCAAGAAGCUUCGGACGAUCAAGGCUUCCGAGCUCUGGAGAUCAUUUCUCUGCCUUGGAGGAUCCCUCGCCGACCCGCGAGCUGCGCUUGCGUUGGCAGGCGUUGACGACGAUGUAGACAAGUUCAUGUUGGAACAGAUCCGGGAGCUGCUUGAUGAAGCCGAGUGGGAGGAUGCCUAUGAAAAGUGCUCUACCGGCCUACUCUUCUUUGGCGA